GUGUUUAAAAUAUCGCUAUCAAUACCUGUAUUGCGAUAAAUGCUUUGUCCAAAAGAGUUGGAUACAUAAUGAUGACCGAGAGGCGAAAUACGACAGGGAUCGCUCCUACGAAUUUCGAAAGAUUAGAAGCUGGAUUAAGGUGUAAUGACCAAGUUUUCUGGGAAAAAUUCAAAUCACCAAGAAGUUUUCAAGUUCAAGACUGUGGAUAUUUAGGAAUAAAGGACAUAAGCAGUGAAAUACAAUCAAGCGAUCAAAAGAUUCCUGAGAAGUUAUUUCAAAGUUCUUUGACAGUUGACACCGGAACUUCGCCAUCUCACCCGGAACCGCAAUCGAAUUCAAUAGACUUUGAGGAUUUCGAAGUUCAUCUGCAUGAACAGAGCUUUGAGAAUACCAGAGACUACAAAAAAGGAUUUUUUAACCCGAGCGAUACCGGAACUGUUGGGGCUUUCACAAGAAGUGAACCAAUCCCUAUUCUCGACCACAGGGAGCCCUUACUACCUCGGAUAGGUCGACCCCAAAUUUCAGGCAAUCUAUGGCGGGAAACGACUUUGUCUAAUUUGAAAAGAAAAGCGUAUUCCAUAACCCAGAGUUCAUCGGCUUUUGGAAAUAGAAGCUCCUUCGAGGAAUUUGACUUUAUUCUUUCUAACUCCUACGGUGGUAUGAAGCGUAAUGGUUCGACGGAAAGCUUAGACAGCGCCGAAGAGUCCGACGCCAAGAGAUUUCAGCCAUUUGUAUCUUGUGGGUUUUCUGGAAAGAAGAUCGUAAAUUCAUUGAAUUUGAUUCCCACUACCAGUUCAAUGUCUUCUUCAACACUGGGACUUAAUAUAAUGGAUCUUUCAUCUUCCCCUGGUCCAAAUAUAUUUGAAGGUGUAGCAGCUAAUAUUGCUAACUUUGGCAAUGAUACGUCGUUUUUGGAUUUGCAUCUAGAGUCCUGUAGUAAAGCGGAAUCUGCAAUAAAAACUUCGUUGUCGUCGACAGAGAAGUCGACUUUGGGAUUCGAUAGAAUUCCUAGUUCGUCUUCCUCUCCUUUAGAGUAUCCACCAAAUGUUGCAAUAUCACCAGGAUCAUGCAAAAGUCCGUAUUCCUGUACGUCACCAGGAUUUUGCAACUUUCCUUAUCAUAAUCACGACAAUGUAUUCAGAUCCUCACAAACAUGUGGUCACGGGAUUAGUGAGCCUCCGAAAGCGCAAUUUCAUCGCCAAAUGAGUGAAGAAGCUGCAAGACUAUUUUCUCUGGGCAAAGAGGGAAAUACAAAAGGCGCUGGAACUACCUCUAAUUCUUCAGACAGUGCCAUGUUUAGCACGGACCAAGUUUUUGUUCGAGAUUCAGCACCGGACUCGGAGUUGGUAGAAACGAAUACUACACAUGGAAUUAAAAUUGAAGAAGGUUCUCGUGGAGUAUUUGAAAUUGUAGAAAACGAAAGAGUGAGGCAUGCCAGCACACAUAGUGCUUCAUCAUCAAGGGACUCGCUGUACAACGUUUACUCGGAGUCAAUAAACGUUACCGGAUCCAUUGCCGGAUCGUCCGAAGACUUUGAUGAUGUUUCGCCUAAUAUUAACUCUGCAUCGCUUUUAAACGAUCCUAUGAUGGCGGGAUUUCCGCCGUCGUCCAGCUCGGAAAAUUCCGGACCCUCAACGUCAAAUGUAUCUAUGGAGCCAAUGGAAACUGGGAACUCUCUCGACUCGCCCCUCUUAAACGCUGGGCCUAUGCAAUACGGAAAUAAUGAAAGAGGGAUGAAAUCCCCACUGGACUUUUCAGCAGUUCGUCGCAGUCCUCCUCCGCCAAAUGUGACGCUAAAUCCGGAAAAAUAUAAAAGGAACUCAAUGCCGUUAGAUCCUAGUUCGUGGUCAAAAGCACAAGUUAAAGAAUGGCUGGCGUGGGCUAUCAAAGAAUAUAACCUCAAUGACGUAGAUAUAAAGAAAUUUGCAUCUACAGACGGUUACAAACUAUGCCAAAUGACUAUGCGAGAUAUGUGUCGUCUCACAAGCAAAGCCAGUUCCGACCUUCUCAUAGCUAAUUUAACAUAUCUCAAACAAAAUCAGAACGGAUUUGGGCCAUACAAAGGAAUCGUUGACCCAUUUCAAGCAGCACAAGCACGUCAACCUCACAUCAAAGACCCGUAUCGGUUGUUUGGACCAAUUUGUCUGGAACUUUCCAACCCAGGUUCGGGCCAAAUACAACUAUGGCAAUUUUUAAUGGAACUUUUAACCGUACCUUCGAACGCGCCUUGUAUAUCAUGGGAAGGAGUUACGGGUCAAUUCAAGAUGGUCGAUCCGGAUGAAGUAGCAAGAAGAUGGGGUGAAAGGAAAACCAAACCUAACAUGAACUACGAUAAACUCAGCAGAGCGUUGAGGUAUUACUACGACAAAAACAUAAUGACAAAAGUACACGGCAAAAGAUAUGCAUAUAAGUUUGACUUUAACGGAAUAUACCAGACACUCCAAAUGAACGCCAACCCACCGACCAAUCAACCAAGUUUAUUUUACAGUUCUCGUCAAUCACGUGUCCGUCAACAGGCUCGAAUAUCGUUAAGUCAGUUGAGAAAAUUGUCACAAGCGGGUAUGAUACCUCCUGGUAUGACCGAUCCUGUUUCGACAAACUCUUGAAAUCGUGUCUUUUUACCAUGGAGACGAAACAGCACAGAUGAUACUCUGCUUUCGGUGGGAUGAGUGGAAAGAGAAAAUCGCUUAUCCAGUGCUGAAGGAAGCGGGCAUUUCAAAUACUGGAAUUCAGCGACUAUGGAGUAAACAUUCUAACUGUCAAUUUAGCUAUACAUACCGAGCUGUUGAAUUAUUGGAUUCCGACUUAGGACUUUUCAAAAACAGACACCGACUGAUUCCGGAUCAUGGUACAGUCUCAAAAUCUUGACUCCAAUGUAACAAAAAGUCUGGCUCUUGUAAUUCGCAAGUCUUCUUUAUUUCCACAUUUAAAUGAAUAUUUUACUUCUAACAUUUAAUAGAUUUAAUUUGCGAUUCUUAAUUCUGAUAAGUAUAAAAUGUUGGCUCCUUGUCCGGAGUUUUACUAUACGACUCUGUCUUCAACACCGAUACUAAUAAACUGCAAACUGGAAUUGUUUCAGACGACGAAAACUAUGACUUUGUCGGUCUUUAGUUUCCAUGAAAAUUUCAACUCCGUUUCCCGAUAUAUAGAUACUUGAAAUUUCGUCUGUCAUCGUUUAAAAUUUCUCUUAUACCAGUGGUUCUCAAUCUUUUUUUCAAGUGACCCAAUUACAAAAAAGAAAUCUCACGACCCAAGGAUAUACUCGCAUACUGAACAGUAUAUGUAGUGCUUUCGUGGCCGCAAAAUGAAAUGGCUACUAAAAAACAGUCAUUUUUACAUAUAUAAUAUUCACUUCAACAAUUCAAAGUUUCUUCGCACCACUGGUGUAUCUAGGAAUUCAGCAGAAUAAUAUUUAUUUUUUAUUUUUAACGCUUAUUUUAUAAAUUGCCCUUGUUUGUUGAAGUCUAUGCGCGGAAUACGCAAAAUAUUGUUAAACAAUUGAGCCAGGCGAGAAAAUCGGAAUAUACCUGAAAUAGGAGCUGUAUAUUAUUAAAAUUGCUCCCCAAAGUAUUAAAGAAUUACCCUACAUACUCGUUGAUUUUGGGCCUCGCCAACUUUGAUUUUUCUGGGGAUUUUUAUGAGAAUGAAAUUAGGAUUUAUGUAAAAAAAUUGCACAAGCCCGGUUAUCUUUCAAAUUUAUGUUUUCAAUAUAUAGAUUCACCACUGCUUCUCACUUGUAUAUACCUAAAACACUGCGAUGGGAAUGAAAAACAACUUUACACAGCAAGCCA